CACGCAAGCGGCCGUUUAUAAAGCCCCGUGUUAUCCUCGUUCGAAUUCCGAACUACGUACGACGGACACUUUUCUCUGCAGCCUUCUGGUUCCUUCGCGCCUGAAAACAAUACUGUACCAGGAAUGAUUUAAAGGACUUCUGAAUUUAGGACCGUAGCAUGUGACAAUUUUUUGUAAAGUGCAGUGAAAGUUCGAAUCAAAAAUGGCUGCGGCCAUGAUAACAGACAGAGGACUUCGUAAAAAGUUGACGCAAGAAGCGAUCCCUGAAAAAACUCCACGGAAGCCAUCGAAACGCAAAUCCACAGCAAGCGGUUCAAGGAACGACAAGAAGAAUGAACAGAACAACAACAAACGACCGAAGAUCCAAACUGGAGACCCUAAAUUGGAUUUGUUUUCAACGUAUCAGCCUUGGGUGAUACAAACGUACGGUGAUUUGGCGAAAACAAAAACGAUUACAUUAAAGAAGUAUGCCAGAAUCCUGCGCACGCUGCGCGGGGAGGAGUGCAAUAGUUCUGACAGUUCCAAGUUUCGUUUUUGGGUAAAAGCGAAAGGUUUCCACAUAGGGAAGCCGCAAGGGUAUGACGCGAAAGCGGCAGAUGGUAUCGUGUGCAGAUACAGCGUCAUGGACGCUGAAGGAUGCCCGAGAGGCCCGGAUGGUCAGGAGAUCUAUAGUGGGUCGCAGAAUGAUCCGCCGCUGUACAUACCGACUCCUCCGUUGAAGAAUGCGCCCUCACAAGAUCCAGUCUACAGAAAGGUGGCGAUAGUUGAGAAUUUCUUCGACAUCAUUUACACAGUUCACGUCGAAUUAGAGGGACGGCCUGGAAAACACGCUGGUCAAAAACGAACCUACAGGACAAUAACGGAGACCUACGCAUUCUUGCCCCGUGAAGCGGUCACCAGAUUCCUGACAGGAUGUGCAGAGUGUGCCCGGCGCCCGCGCAGCGCAUCCCCUCCACCGUUACCUACCCCUUCUCCUUCCCCCACCAGGCAUCCAACUUACCUCUCUUUCUUACCUCAUUGCGCACCAGAUUACAGUCGAAAUUGGGAAUCAGAAAUCGAUGCAGCCCAUUCUAACUACCCUUACGAACCAAAAUACGACUACACAGAUUUACAACCGCUAAAAAAAGUUGAAAGCCCUAAAACAGCAGAUAAUGAGGAUCCAGAACCUACUUACAUAGAACUAACGUCUAAGAAAGUCAACGGGUUUGACGCAGACUUUAGUAGAAGUUCUCCUGUAGACCAAGCGUUCAGAGAAGACGAGCCGAGCAGAACUGAACUGGAAAUAGACAAGGAUGAAAAUAGUCUGAUAGAUGUUGAGGAUGUGAAAUGCGAUAGUCCACCGCCUCUGUUAUCACAUAAACCUAAAUUAGAGCUGAAGAUAAAACAGGAACCUAGUGGUGAAAGUACUGGGUUGACAGAAAAUUCAAGAGGUAGAGAGAAUAAGACUGAUGUUAGAGAAAGGAAGUACAAUCCGUUGGACGUUGCUAAUUUGACAUCGAAAGACCCGCCUAAAUCAAGAUCGCCUCCAAGGAAGAAAUUAUGGCCUACCAGUUUGGAGUAUACUAAUGGUUUUAGUAGAUUUCCCAAGCCUUGGAGACCUGAUGGUGGGGCGUAUUAUGGUGGUGAAGAGAUGGAUUACAGCGUUCCUAUAACAACGGCCUAUUUGAAGCAUAUGAGGAGUAUGGCGUACCAGGAACGCAUGGACAUGGAAAACAAGGACAAUUUAACUCCAGAGCCAUCAGAUAUGAAUGAUGAUGACAAUUUUUCUAGUCAGGCCUUCGCGAAAGACGCCGAGAAGUUGAAAAUGAUGUUGCUUGCAUGGAAUUACCACAGCCAGCCGCAAGGCCGCAACGGUGACAUAACAGAGAGCGGGGCAGACAGUAUGGCUGACCUUUGGGCCUCAUACCACAGUGCCCUGGGUCUUGGCAGCAAGCCCCCUAAGCCACCCACGCCAUUGGCCACUGGCCACUCGAGUCCUAUUCACAUUGGAUCGGCGACGCCUGUGGAGCCAGCUUCGACACAUGAUGAAACUUCUUCAUCUGAUAGGACGAAGGAUGAUGAUGACGGUGGCGCUUCUGAUGACGAUAGCGAUGAUAGGGUGGAUCCGCAACAUCAUGAUCCGGAGAGGCUUAAGGCUUUUAAUAUGUUCGUGCGUCUAUUCGUGGACGAGAAUUUAGACAGAAUAGUUCCUAUUUCGAAGCAGCCUAAAGAAAAGAUACAGGCGAUCAUAGAUUCCUGUACAAGGCAGUUCCCAGAAUUCGCUGAGCGGGCCAGAAAGAGGAUUAGGACAUAUUUGAAGAGCUGCAGAAGGAAUAAGAAAGUGCGUGGGGACGGUCCCACCACUGGGAACGGCGGGAGUACGUCGGGAUCAGGCAACGCUUGGGAUUCAGCGGUGCGGCCGACGCCGGCGCACCUCACAUCGGUGCAAGCGGAACACAUACUGGCGCAGGCCUGCGAGAACGAGAGCUUGAACGCUAAGCGCAUGCGACUCGGAUUGGAUCCUGUCAGCCAACCGAUGCCGACUGUGCCAACGCCUAUGUCAAUAGACACAACAGCUACUUCAGCCGUGGCCUCAUCAUUCCUAAGCCUAUACAGCGGAGCUAUCAGCAGCCCGGCUUCAACCCAAACUACAUCAUGCACCACUUCUUUGCCCACUGCUGGGCACAGCAAAGCAGCGGCUGAUACAACAAGGCCGUCAGCGAGCCCCACUAUGGAGAAUCCGCUGUUGAACAAUAACAGUUUGAAGAUUGAUAAUGCUAACGGAAAUGCUGGGAGCAAAACUGCUAGCCCUGCUUCAUCGCCAGCUCCUCUGUUUCGGCCAUCGUUCCCAAACACAUUCGGUACACCUCAGACAUUUGGAAGGCCAACAUCAAGCUCGAAUCCGGCUUCUUCGGCACUUUCAAGCAGUGCGUUACUCUCAACGCUCUCUGCUUUACCACCUACAGGUGUAAACGCAGCUAUGGCGGCGUACCAAAGUGCUCUGUUGUCGGCUAUGGCGGCUCACACACACACCUUCCCGACUGGCUUAUCAGCUCCCACAGAUCUGUCGCUAAAGAACACGUCGACACCUGCUCAACUCCACUCUACCCCCGCCACGUCGAGUUUACCCGCCGCGCCAUCUUCUCAAACCAAACCCUCUCUUCUCUCUCACAAACUUUCGGGAGCAGAAGUGGGCGCUGUGAGGCAACUCAUCACCGGAUACCGUGAAUCAGCCGCUUUCCUCCUCCGCUCAGCAGACGAAUUAGAAGCACUUCUCUUGAACCAAGCCUAGGAUUUACCCAAAUUGUCCUUAUCAGACAUUUUCGGAUUUAAAUUCGGAUAUUUCUAAAUUAUUCAAAAUUAACAACAGUGAGUGAUUAGAGCGGGCUACGCAAUGCCUCGGACAAAAUUACAGUUGCAUAAUGUUUUCGGAUUGAACAUUGCGGAUUCAGCGGAUGGCGGCGGUUUUAUUUGCAUAGACGAUGUUGUGGUUUGUUUAAAAUGUUGUUGUGCAAAAAUUAAAAAUAUUUGUCGAUUAAGUGUUUGCAAAUUGAAAAUAGUUUCACUUAAUGUUUAACAUUUCUUGCUACAAAAUAACCUUAUAUCAUCAUUGAUCUAUUUCGCAUUAAUACAAUAGAUAGAUAGUUCUCAAUAGUCCGAUAUGCGUUUGAUGUUUAACUACUACAGUAAUAAUAGCACUUUCUGUUUUAAAUAGUCUUAAUACACUACUUAUGUAACUAUAGCCUUCAAAAGGUGUGUUUUAUGACUUUUGGGGUAAUAAAUAAGGAUAAACAAAGGAACCUUGAUUCUGAUUCGAGACUUGGUAAUUCUGCUCCUAAAUGUUAAAAGUAUGGUGCUUGUUUAUGCAUUAGCAGUAUUACCAAAUCAUCGAACUUAUUUCUUGUCCACGCCAUAUACUAUAAAGUAUCGUAGUAGAACGAGUCGUUUCUCUCGUAUGUCCAAUAUAGUAUAUUUCGGCAAUCGUACAAAGCUGCCAUAAUAUUGUAAAAAUACGUGUUGCCAUUCAAAAUUCGUUGAAAGAGUACAAAAUUAUUUUUGUGUACAAUUAGAAUAAGCGAAAAAAUCAGGGAGUUUUUAGUGUAUAAGUUAAAAAUUCAAUUUCUUGCCUGGUGCGACUUUAGAUUAGUGAUAUAAUAAACAUUGCUUGAUGGGGAAGGCAGAGUGUAGGUUUAUCUUCGUUUUAAAAAUUUUGGUGGAGAAAUACACUAUUCUUUAAGAGAUACGAUGUGACACAGUCUAACUAGAUUCUAAAGUGGCAUUUUAGAGUAAGAGGCACGAAUUUAUUUGUUGUUUUGUAAAAUAAUGCUGUAGUAGUACUUAUAUUAAUAUAUUUCUCAUUUACAUAUAUGUACUUAUUUUAAAAGACCUAUUUCUAUGAAGACGAGUGAUUAUGUUGGAUCCGUUCCAUUUUUUCUCUAGUAACUUUAAUAAUUAGUUAUACUUUUUUUUUAUAUUCAUAUAGAAUAAUUUCAGCUUUGCUCAGUACAAUAAAUGUUUCAUGUUCGUAUGUAUAUCUAUUUGUUACCAUAGAUUUUAUGGCCAAGUACUGUAGGUAGGUUGUAAUGUUAGUUACUGCUUAUUGUGUACAAAUAAGAUUCAAUUUAUUGUGAAAAACAUAAACCUUGACAUCUAUCACGAACUCAAACUUACAGCAUUUGUUUCAAUAUAAUCUGUUACAUUUUUAUUUUUUUCUUGUUAAAUGUUAGUUUAUUUUUAGUUAAGUGUGUCGGCCAGUGUUAGUCGAGAUUUUUCGCAACUACAUUAGUUUCAUACUAAUAAGUUUUUACAUACUUACAUAAAUAGAAUAAGUAAUUGACAUAAACGCUUAUUAUGUUGCUACUUACUUUUACUGCUCUAAGUAGUUUGAUCACUGUAGAUGUGCCAGAAUUUUGUGUAUCCAAUGACUUAUUGCUUUAAGUUUAAUCGACCAAUGAGCGGUCACUAUUUUAAACGACACGGGUGUUCUACAAUGGUCAAAAUAUUUUUGAGACUUCAAUUUAAUGUAUAAUAGUUUGAGAAGUUUGCCAGUUUUUCUCAAUAGUAUAGCUUACAUGCCAGUUUCAAUUUUAAAUUAAAAUUGUAAAUUCACUUUUGAAUAUUAAAAUUGCCAAAGAAUCGAAUUGAUUUGUGUAUGUAUGUGGAAUUGCUGAUUAAGUAUUUAUCUUACGGUUAAAUUUUUAAUUUAGUUUAGCAUAGUUUAUUUGAGAAGUCAUUCCAAUAUUUUUCUAAAAUGUCAUCGGUGCGAUAGGAAAUGAUUAGUCGAUGUAUAUGGAACAUGUAAAAAGUAUGUUUAGAAUAUUUAAAAAAAGUUGAUUAGAAUAUGAGAAAGUUGAUGUUGGGAUAACGAGAAAAAAAAACGAAAAUGGUGGGAAUACGUUGAGAAAAUGAAUUUGUUAGACAUUAAAAUAUAUUAUUAUUAUAGAUGUAUAAAUGGUUUACAAUUAUUUAUUAGUUUGAGAGAAAUACAAAAAAUUGAGAAAAAUACAAAAUGGCGAUUGUUACUAUUAACGA